AUGUGAUCCAGACAAACGCAUUACCUUCCGUCUCUUUUACUUCUCAUACACUGUCUACUAUCCUAUACCAUCCUGCCAAGAGUUCACGACGUGAGAAUCAUACUGGAGUCACUGCUAUUGCCCGCCAACUGCAAUGCGCAGAGCGCUACAGCGAUGCUCGGCAUCCAUCCCUCGAACAUUCGCCUCCACCAGCGGUAGCGUCUCCCACAACAUAUGCCUACAGUGCAAUGUCUCGCGCAUCGCAUCACAAAGCGUUAGACCGACUCGGCGAGCGCUACAUCAGACUUCGCUCCUCCGCCAACAAGCAGCCGCUGCAGCGGAAGCGCCAUCAUCAAACACCAAUGCGCCGGCACCGAUUACUCGCUUCGAUGAGCUGGGCAGCCGGAACAUCGUCCACCACAAUGUCGUCCGCACGCUCACGCAAGACAUGGGUCUGGAGACGAUGACAGAGGUUCAACAAGCCACUAUCAACGAGGCAUUAAAGGGGACGGACAUUAUAGCGCAAGCAAAGACGGGUACCGGCAAGACGCUGGCCUUCUUACUCCCAAUCCUGCAGAACAUCAUCAACGUCGACCCACAACUGGCCGAGCGCGGCUUCUCACGUCGCGGACCCAGAACAACGGCGGACGACAUUCGCGCCUUGAUCAUCUCGCCAACACGUGAGCUGGCCGAGCAGAUUGCGGAAGAAGCGAAGAAGGUGACGAGGCAUACCGGCAUUGUGGUGCAGACGGCUGUGGGUGGGACUCAGAAGUCGGCGGGUCUAAGAGCCAUCCAGCACCAAGGCUGCCAUCUCCUCGUCGGCACACCAGGCCGGCUCAAGGACAUCCUGACCGACCCAUACUCCCGCGUGCAAGCCCCCGACCUCAGCGCGUUGGUGUUUGAUGAAGCCGACAGACUUCUCGAUCAGGGCUUCUGGCCCGAGAUCCAGGAGAUCAUGCGAUUACUACCCACACCCGCGGAGCGAAACCGACAGACCAUGAUGUUCUCCGCGACCGUGCCGCGCGAAGUCGUGGAUCUGGUUCGGAGCACGCUCAAGCCCGGCUUCCAAUACGUCAAGACGGUGCGCGACGACGAAGAGCCCACCCACGCCAGAGUACCGCAGCGCGUCGUAACGGUCAACGGCUUCGAGAACAAGCUGCCUGCGCUAGUCGAAUUAAUCUCGAAAGCCGUCGAGGCGUCGAAACAACCCGGAGGUAGACCCUUCAAAGCCAUUGUAUACUAUAACAGCACCGCCGAAGUCUCCCUCGCCGCCAGUGCCCUCCGCAACCUCAGCACCCCCGAAUCAUCAUCCACCGACUCCUUCGGCGGCCGCCGCGGUACCCACCCCUGGCCCUCCACCAAAAUCUUCGACAUCCACGCCCGCCUCUCCCAAUCCCAACGCACCGCCGCCGCCGACGCCUUCCGCCACUGCACAAGCGGCAUCCUCCUCUCCUCCGACGUCACCGCCCGCGGCCUUGACUUCCCCAACGUAACCCACGUCAUCCAAAUGGCCAUCCCGCCCUCGCGAGAACAAUACAUCCACCGCAUCGGCCGCACCGCGCGAGCAGGAAAAGAAGGCGAAGGCUACCUCAUCAUCUCCCACCUGGAAACAGGCGAGGUCCGCUCACGCCUCCAAAAACUGCCCCUCCAACCCACCAACACCCUCACGACCGCCAGCCUAGACUUGACCCGCGAAUCGCAAGUCCCCGCCGAAGCGGGCAAGAUCCUCGAAAUGGUCCGCGGAGCCGUGACGGGCGUGUCGAUGUUGGAUAAAGUCAAGGUCUACCAAGCACUACUAGGAGUGUACGGGUAUAUAGGGAAUAAGCGACAUUUGGUUGAAGCGAUGAAUAAUCUGGCCCUGUUUGGGUGGGGGAUGAGGGAGCCGCCGAGUAUUGCGCCCGGGUUGGCGAGUCGGUUGCGGCUGGAUCGCGUGCCGGGGGUGAGGAUUGGGAGUGAGUUGCGGGAGUUGGAGCAGCGGGAGGGUGGUGGGGGUGGGGGUGGAAGGGGUGGUGGGUUUGGUGGGGGCGGCCGGAGAGGUGGGAGUGGGUAUGGGGAUAGGGAUGGUGGGUUUGGUGGACGAGGUGGUGGU